AUGGCGAAUUGGAUCUCGUCGAAGCUCAGAGCCGCCGAAACGAUUCUUCAACAGAUUGAUCAGCAGGCAGCAAAGUCUCCUCGAAAGGUUGAGAAGCCGGAGACCCAUUACCAGGCUGCGGAGUUGCAAACAAACAUGAUGGAAGUUGCUGACCUUGAAAAACAGAAGCAUGACAAUACUAGAAUGGAAGUUCAUGCACGCUUGGCCGGAUUAGAGGCUACAAAAACGCUCAAGUUACAAGAACGCUUGCUGCUGGGGAGAAGAAACUUGAGACUCAUGAUGCAGAUUGUAGAAGCUUGGAUCUAUACCUAA